AUGGGCAGCAUCAGAGAGCCCUCGCCAGAGUAUGAUGUAGUUAUCAUCGGAGCUGGCCUGGCUGGUAUCUACUCGCUAUAUCGCGCGAGAGGGCAUGGACUGCGUGUGAAAGUGCUCGAGGCUGGUGCAGGUGAAGGAGGAACCUGGUUUUGGAACACAUACCCUGGAUGUAGAUUCGACUCGGAAAGCUACAGCUAUGGCUUUGGCUUCUCCGAAGAAGUCCUUCAGGAGUGGUCGUGGACGGAGCAUUUUGCACCGCAAACAGAGACCUUGAGAUAUCUGCAGUACCUCACAGACAAGUUUGAUCUGCGCAAAGAUAUGCAGUUCAACACAAGAGUUACAUCAGCGCAUUGGCAGGCUAACGACCGCUGUUGGCUUUUGACUGAUGCGAAUGGCAAGCAAUACUCGGCAAGAUUUUUGAUCACAGCGAUGGGCAUCUUGAGUCAACCCUCCCUGCCCAACAUACCCGGCGUCGAAACAUUCCAAGGGGAAGCGUGGCAUCCUGCUCAAUGGCCAAAAGACUGGAACCUGGAUGGCAAACGGGUCGGCGUAAUCGGCACAGGUGCUACCGCCAUUCAGUUCAUCCCAGAGAUCGCAAAGACUAACCUCAAACACUUGACCGUCUUUCAGCGCCGAGCGAACUGGUCGGCACCUCUCCGGAACGACAAGAUAAACCCCGAGGAGAUGGCUGAGAUCAAGAAGAACUACGCGGCAAUCUUGAAGCAGUGCAACGAAUCUUAUGCUGGAUUCUUACAUUCCGCGGAUCCUCGGAAGACGAUGGAUGUGCCAGAGGCAGAGCGCAUCGCUCACUGGGAGGAGAAGUACAUGCAGCGAGGUUUUGCUAAAUGGCUUGGUGGCUUCAGUGACAUUGGCACUAAUCGAGAAGCGGCACAGGCGUAUAGUGAGUUCAUAGCGGACAAGAUUCGGGGCAGAGUCGAUGAUCCGGCUACUGCCGAGAAGCUGAUUCCAAAGUGCCACCUCUUUGGAACGAGAAGGGUCCCGUUGGAGUCAGGCUACUUCGAGACCUUCAACAAGCCGAAUGUUCGGCUGGUAGAUUACAAGGCCGACAGUCCAAUCGAGCGCAUCACUGAGAAAGGCGUUACGCUUGCAAGUGGCGAAGAAAUCAAGCUUGACGUCCUAAUCUACGCCACUGGCUUCGACGCCCUGACCGGAGCCCUCACAAACGGCAUCGACCUCCGCGGCGUAAACGGCAUCACUCCCACCGAGCUCUGGAAGGACGGCAUCCGCACCUAUCUCGGUCUAUUCCUGCACGGCUUCCCGAAUCUCUGCGGCGUGGGAAUCCCUCACCAAGCUUUCGGCAACGUCCCUCGCAGCCUCGAGUUCGCGGUCGACUGGGUCUCCACGUUCCUCAAGCAUUGUCAAGACCAUGGGAUUACGUAUCUUGAGGCGAAGGAAGAGGAAGUGGGGAAGUGGACGGAGCAUGUUCAUGAUUGUUCUAAGGGGUUGUUGUCGAAUGAGGUGCCGAGCUGGAUGACUGGUGUGAGUCCGAAUGUGGAGGGGAGGCAGAGGAUGAUUGUGGCGAGGUAUAGUGGUUCGGGACCUGCGUAUCGGAAGAGAGUGCAGGAGGUUGCCGUGAGGGGGCAUGAGGAUCUGGUGCUGAAGCGAUAG